AUGAACCUGGAGCAACCAGCGACGCUGAGAGCGUCCGGAAGCGCAGACGAGGAUGGAGAUUUCCGUGGAUACUCGAACGCCGAGCUGGCUAGGGCCAGAAAAAGAAAAGGCGAUGCGGCUCAAUUGCCGGAAUCGCGCUCCCAGCCAGCGGCCACCCAAGUCGUCCCGGUCCUGCGUUCGGAAGUCGAGAGGGGGUCUUCCAACAAAAGAUCUUCCAACUCCAGCCCUCCACGACACUUUACCAUCUAUUACCAGAACAUUCGCGGCAUGCGAACAAAGACGGAGAAACUGCGCAUGGCCUUGAUGUCCAGUGACUACGACGUAGUGGUUCUCACCGAAACCUGGUUGCACGGCAAUAGACUCGGAGUUCUCCGCGAACUACAAUAUCUUCCGACUCGAAACACCGCCACAUCCAGCGCAGCUUGUGGAGGAGGAGCACUUGUUGCUGUCAAGAGUGAUCUUGAAGCUAGGGAGGUUGAAUUGGCUAACUGCGAACGACGUCGGUGGCUUUCUCCCCGCGAACGCGUCGUCCGAUUCAGAGGUGGCUCCACCGAGUCCUUCCUGGCCAACGGGCUGGUACAAAUAAACUUCCUGCUGAACAACUCCAACCGCUUACUAGACCUCACCUUUGUGAAUGACACUGUGGCCUUUGAGGGUCCCCGAACUUACAGUCCAUUCGUUCUGAAGCAGUUGCUGAACGUGUUACGCGACCCAGUGCCAGUUCGAGUCAGGCGAUUUCGUUGCCCUUCCAGGACGCCGCCGUGGUGGAACUCGCAGCUUCGGAACUUACGUAACCAACUGCGGAAGGCACGUAAGCGGUUCGUGAAUCGAAGCUCGUGGGGAAACAAGGUCACACUCUCGUACCUCGAAACUGAGUUUGCUGAGCAACAGGUUACGAGCUACCAGAAUUACAUCGCGAGAGUUCAGGACAAUCUCCAGUAUAACCCGAAGAAUUUCUGGUCGUAUGUCAAGGAGUCGUUCGGGUCGUUGAUUUUCGUGCUGUUUAUCAAUUACUUGUGUUCCCGUCUCCAGUCAUGCAAGCUGUUGUACGCCGACGACCUCAAAAUCUUCCGGCGAAUUGGCGAUUCUGACGACGUCCGUGUUCUCCAGGAAGUCAUCAACGUGCUGCUUCGCUUGUGCGUUCAAAACGGAGUGGAAGUGAACGAGAAAAAGUGCAAGCUGAUCUCGUUCUACAGGAUUCGGAGUCCAAAUCUUGCGGAGUACAACAUGGGCCGAUCCACACUCGAACGCGUUCACUCCAUCGUGGACUUGGGCGUCACGAUUGACUGCAAGAUGGAAUUCAACCAGCACGUCUCCAUCUCCGUGGCCAAAUCGUACGCUAUGCUCGGUUUUCUUCGAAGAAAUGCUGCUGGUUUCACCGACGUAAGGGUCUUCAAAACGCUGUACUUCUCGCUAAUUCGCAGUGUGUUGGAGUACGCCGUACCGGUGUGGGCGCCGUAUUAAGCAGAAGAUCGAGAUUAUCCAGCGUCGGUUCGUAAGGUAUGCAGCUUGAGUGUUGCCCUGGAACGACCCUGUGACACUGGCACCCUACACGAAUCUGUUCGCUCUGGUCGGCCUGCCAACACUCCAACACAGAAGAGUUCUCCUUCAACGACUGUUUGUGUCUGACGUCUUGCGGAACAACAUUGACUGCAGUGACCUACUCGAGGAAGUCCACAUCCGAGUUCCCUCAAGAAAACUUCAGAAUCAUGGGUCCGGUGGUGCUUGGUGAAUCCAGGAUGCGAAUCAAAGUCGACCGCGGCAGCAGCCAGGACUCGGGUGAUGCGGGUGCGGAACGAGGUCGAGGGCUCGAAAAGGACAAGGCCAGCUUCAUGCAGGACCUGCAGCUGUUUCACGACCGGAAUAAGUAAGAAGGAAGCUUGGGGGAUUUGUGUUUGAUUUUGUUUGUCUUUGUAGGACGCCGAUCAUGCGGUUGCCGAAGAUCCGGUAUGUGGAUUUGCACCGGUUGUAUUCGGUGGUGGGCGAGGACUAGGACGACAUCUACAAGUAUGAAAAAGUUUAUUUUCACGUUGAGGAGAAGACCGACGAAGAGGAGUUCGACGAGAAGCGGCAUAAUUGGAUUUUGCACCCGGUGCAGGCGGUUUACAACACCGCAACUACCCGCCCACAAAUGCUCACCUCGAGACUUCGCAGCUUUGGCCGAAUGAACCUGGACGGCGAGCCGGAAAAACCUUGUGAAAAUCUGUGUCAUUCACGAAGGGAAUGAAGCUAUACUUUAUCAAUCUAUGGUCUAUUAAUCUAUAUGUCCACCCCCUAGGAAUGAAGUGCUGGAAAUCGAAUUCCGUUCCGGGAGCCUCAUCAGCCCCAAGGUCCGGAUGCGCUUCCAGGAUCGAGAACUCCCCGUUCAGGCGCUUCACUUCUCAGCUGGAAAACGUCGACUUCCCUUCCAUAAUCAACAGCCAAUAGCCAACUCCUGUCCUGAUGAAGGCCGGCAACGAAACCUCCCUGUUUACCACAUUGCUGUCGCGCUCCAAAAUGAAGGACGCGAUGUUGCUGCCCAACGAAACAUCCAUCCGUAAGCUGCUCAGCCUGGGGUCUUCGGACGUGACAGGUGGCGUACCGUAAGGAUCGGUGCAGCUUGAACGCGGAAGUUGGCCAACCAUAAGCAGAUGCGUUAAAUACAAAAAAAUAAUAAUAAUAUAUUGAAUAAAAAUCCAUCACAUUUUUCAAAAAACAUCAUUGUAAUGAUAAAUGUUAUUUAUUCUUGCCAUAAAAAGUUUCUUCUUAUAUUAAAAGUAAAACACUUUUACCGAUACAACGAUUUUGUUCCAGAAAUACAUGGUUGUAUCAAAAACUUUCCAUCUUUUAAAUUAAAAAGAUAGAACAUUCUACGAAUAUUCACCAAUGCGGACUUUUAAUCCAACGAACGAUCUUUUUAAA